UUAUUUGUCCCUACAUGUGUUGAAGCUAUAGCUGUACCUUGAUUGCGGACGGUAUCCGACUAAACACAAGAUCAGCUGGAAUCACUGAAAUUUGCAUCGCAUUCGAAGUUACUUCCUUGCUCUAUGCUUCGUUCCUCGUUCGUUUUGUCGAUUUGUUUUGUACAUUUGGGAGAUUAUGGCAACCGUCAAGUCAUGGAUAGGUUCAGAGAGGCACAGAGAACGUGUGGGUGAUUUACUGAGCACAUUAGAUGUACCGUCUCUCAAGGGAAAAAAAGUUCUGGUGACAGGUGGCGGUGGUUUCUUUGGCAUUCAUCUAGCGAGGGCGCUACACAUGCUUGGAUGCGCAGUGGUUAUAACCGACAAAGGAACGCCCAUUGAGGACUACAGCAAAGAUAUCACAUUUGUGCAGGGGGACAUCAGGGACAGAGAUUUGGUGGAGGAACUCUGCAAAGAUGUCAACUGCGUAUUCCAUAUUGCAUCGUUCGGCAUGUCAGGAGCAGAAAUGAUGAAGAAAAGAGAUUUUAUAGAGAGCAUCAAUGUUGGAGGAACAGAAAAUGUCAUAGAAGCAUGCAUCAAGCAGAACGUUGCUCGGCUAGUUUACACCAGUACUAUCAAUGUUGUUUUGGGCAGCAAGGCGUUUGACAUGGCUACUGAGGCAGAGCUCCCACGGAUCCCUCCUGAGGAGCAUGCAGAUGACUACUCCAGAACUAAAAGCAUUGCAGAGGUGCUUGUCUUAAAAUCAAACGGACGACAAACACAAAAUGGUGAGAUAUUGCACACGUGUGCAAUCAGACCACCGGGCAUCUAUGGUGCUGGAGAACAGAGACAUUUCAGUAGGAUUGUGGGCAUUUUAAAAAUCUACAAGGCAAACCUGGGCAGUCCUGACAGUAAAACAAACUGGGUUCAUGUGGACAACCUGGUGAAUGGCCACCUACUGGCGGCAGACGGGCUGUCGGCAGGCAAGAAUCACAUAUCGGCAAACCAGGCGUACUUCAUCACAGACCAGACACCCAUCAACAAUUGCCUUUUCUUCAAACCAAUCAUCACCGGCUUAGGCUACACCUUCCCUGAUGCUUGGCUUCCCCUUGGUGUGCUAUAUUGCCUAGCCUUCCUGUCUGAAAUUGUGCAUUUUCUUGUGAAACCGUUUUACAACUUUGUCGGCUUCACUAGAACUGAGAUGUUCCAGGCAGCUCUCCACCACACAGUCAGCUAUGAGAAGGCACAGGACCAGCUGGGUUAUCAGCCUCUCCAACGAGGUUUAGAAGACUCCCUGGCUCACUUACGUCAGUUAGGCUACGGCAAAGACCCGGAAACUAGCUCUAGUUGGACCUCGUCCCUUCUCUUCAAGAUCGUUCUGUCAAUCACCAUCAUCAUUGUCUUGGUUGCAGUUUUGCUGUAGGCUGGGCAGGGAUUCAUUGGGUCGGGGUUCGGAUUGAGGCUGCCAGUGUACUAGUGUGCAGUUGUUUUUGCCAACAGAACCAUAUUGGUUUUCUUAAAGUUUGGUUCAAUGUACUAUAAUUGUACUUUGUAAUUUGCCUUCAUAAGAGUAUGCCUACCUAUGUUUUUUUAACAUUUAAAAAAAAUCUUACAACAGUACUAAUUCACUGACUGGCCAUAGACCUUAUGCGUUGCGGAUGUCUCAUCAAAGGCUGUUCUUUGUUAGUUAAAUUCAGUAAUGCUGAAUGCACACAAGGAUCACUCAUACCUAUCCAGGUGAUAACAAAACAAUUGCCCACGAACACCUUAGCACACAAGGUCUAAAGAUACCAAAGUUUUCCUGCGUAUUCUGGUUUACGCGCAGAGCUUAUUAUUGACAUCAACGUGCUCACACUAGAGCAAAGACAGAUGACAUAACUCGUCGUUUCUCUAUGGUGUUUUGGUGUCUUUAGUGUUUUGCGUAAGAUUUUUAGGUGAUUAGAGAAAUCAUAAGGUUGGGGUUUUCCCAUUGGUCAUUUUGUUUUUGGCAAGUAGUGCAAAACAAUUAAAAACGGAUCAGUUUAUCAGUAUUACAUUGUCAUUUGGUGUGCUAGAAAUAUUCUUAAGAGAGAUGAGAAUAAUGUGUGCUUUGUUGUGAAGAGGAGGUACUGGUGUCUGUGACUCAACACGAGAUUACUCAGGAAGGCCGCUUCGUUCCUAACCAUAUUUACCACUUUUGAAAAACUUUACCAUGUGAACUUGAACCAGAUUAAGUUUUCCAUGUUUGUGCACAAACCCUCAGAAAACGUUUUGUCUGUAGUAUUCAAUUUUCAAACUGUGAUAUGCCGAUGACAACUUUGAAAAUUAUGUAAAAUGGUAAAUGGUUUAAUCUAGAUUUUUGCACAGACCUCAAAUUUUUUCUUGCACAAAAUUCAGAAAUCAUUGUGAAAUCUAUUUUUAAGUACAAUUUUUCAAAUGUUGAAGGUACUAUUGUUUUGCCGACAACAACUUUGAAACUUGUGUGAGUUGGAUGUAAUUGUAGAUGCUUUAUUCUAGAUGUACAUGUACAUGUACAUUAAUGCAGAGUCAGGCUGUCAUAGAAAGACUGUGUAUUACAAUCUAUGUAAUAGUUGUGAUUAUAAUUAAGACAUUUAUUCCAGAUUAUUUGUUAUUAAAUGUUUGUAUUUGUUGCUAUUAAGAUUUUUAAAGAAAUUCAGUCUGUAAUAAUUGAUGGGUUAUCAUUUAUGAUUUGAUAUAUUCUGAUGCAUAGGAAAUACAUGAAUAGCUUUAAUAAUACAUUCAUGUUUAGUUCUAGACUAUGGGUCCACUAUUUGGGAGACAUUUUUGCCUAUAAUUUUAUUUUGAUAAGCCAUACAAAACAUGGGAUAUUUCUGGUAACAUUACUUUGGCUGUACAUGUAUACUCUCUCAUUGCCUUUUAUUGUGUAAUUUAGCAACAGAUUUAUUUCAAACGACCAAAAUUGUAAAAUUUUACAAAAUAUUUAUAAUAAACUUGUAACAGUAUAUUUGAUGAAAAAGAUCAAAGAUCUACAGAAAAAUUAUAUGCCCUUAUAAAUAAACAAGAAUAUGUAAUGCGCCUAUCAAUUGUUCCCCCCCCCCUCCCCCGGGCUGCCCCACCCAAGACGUGGGGAUUGUCACUUUUGAAGUGACAAAAUCCCCACCCCUCGGGCAAAAUUUAAGUGACAAUCCCCGACCAUGCCCUGACAUACAUAUGUGGGGCACACUAGUGAUUGCCUUUAAUGUAACACGCCAAUGUUAACAAUGUAAUUUGAGUGACCCAAAUCCCCACCCUGGGGCAUGAAAAACGUAGCCAAAUCCCCGCGGUGGGGGUGGGGAGGGGGGGGGGGACGUUUGAAAGGCGCAUAACUAUUACAAAAAUCCUUGUCAAUGGCCUCUCUCUGUGAUUUUAAUUCUGUGUGGAAAAUAACCCCAUUCUGUCUUUGACAACAUUUCAAAAAGUUUGAAGACGAUCGUUCUAUAUAUUUCAUGUCUGUACAGUUGAAUUGUACAGCAGUUCAUAAUUUAAGUAAUUUAUAGACAAUUGAGAUAUAAAUACUGCACAUUGCAAAAAGGUUGUGUAUAGUUGUUAAUCAUAAUGACAUGCAAAACACGCAAAAAAUAUGUACACGCAAUGUUCAAAACAUUUUGUAACCUCAAUUACGUUGAUACUCAUUUUUUUGGACAAAUAGCAUUUGUUAUAUAUAUAUCAGUGAUAGAUGGCUAUUUUGUGAUGUUUAUGCCAAUGAAAAAUGACAGAAAGAAGGAAAUUAGGAGAUUUAUUUUUAAUAUAAUGAUAAAUUAAUUUCAAUCAUGCAAUUUCAAUUCAAAGAUAUAUUUAAAAAUUCACUCAGUGUAUUAUAUAAGCAGUGAAGUUGUUUCAUAGUUAUUGAAAUUGAAUAACACGAUUCUAAAUUAUGCAGGUACUCAAAUGCUAAGAAUAUCAACAUUCAAAACCACCCCCCCCCCCCC